AGUGGGUGUCAGUAGAUUAUAACUCCCCUUUCAUCUUUAGUUUUCUUAAUUUUCCAGGAAGAAUUGAUGUGUUUUCUCUGCAGACUUUAUUUUAAAACAAAGUUUCCAAGACAAAGAAAUUCUAACUGAAUAGCUUAUUAAAUCAAUAACUUGCCAACUAUGAUGCGAUGUGUCCACUUUGCCCGUCGUGUGACAAAGCUGUGGGCUCCAGUAGAAGCUCCGGGGCUGCUGAAAGUGACAAACCUGCAGAGAUCUGCAUGUCAUCUACCACCGAAGAAGGUGAUGGCUGAGGAAAAACCAUGGGCUCUAUUUUCCGAGGUGGGCGGCGAGGGUUACCUGGAAGGCGUCAUUGGCAUAAUGAAACAGCACUUCCAGCUCAUCUGCCAUAAAGACUUUUUGAAGAAUCCACUCGUGUAUGGCCCCAAAAUCCAGGCCUUGUUUGUCUGGAACUGCUACCCUGCAGCUGAACCGUCGUUGCUGACUUCCUUGCCGUCCCUGAAGGUGGUUGCCAAUGGAGGAGUGGGCAUUGAUCAUCUGGAUGUGUCGUACAUCAACAGCCUUGGAGUGAAGGUGACCAACACACCGGGGGUGGUGAGUGCUGCCACUGCAGACAUGGCCAUGGGUUUGCUUCUGGCAUCUGCACGGAAGAUUGUUGAAGGUCACUUAAUUUCUGUUGAUCCCAAGACCACAUAUUUACCAUCAAGCCUGAUGGGAGUUGAAGUAUCAGGAUCUACUCUGGGAAUUAUUGGAAUGGGAAACAUUGGAUACAAAAUUGCUCAGAGGGGCAAAGGCUUCGACAUGCGGAUUCUAUAUCACAAUAGAACAAGACGGUGUUUGGAAGAUGAGGAGGCUGUGGGGGCGAUUUACUGCAGGAACAUGGACGACCUACUGAAAGAGUCUGACUUUGUUGUGCUGGCGGUCAAUCUGAGCCCUGAAACCAAACACCUGAUUGGUCAUAGAGAGCUGGCCCUCAUGAAAGACACGGCUACACUAGUCAACAUCAGCAGAGGUUUGGUUGUGGACCAGGAGGCCUUGCUCAAGGCUCUACAAUCUGGAGUUAUUCAAGCAGCAGCUUUGGAUGUGACUUAUCCUGAACCGUUACCAAGAGAUCAUCCUCUCCUCAGCCUUCCCAAUGUGCUCCUCACUCCCCAUGCAGGGACCAACACUAACACCACAGUGAGAAAGAUGGUGCAGCUGAUGGUGGAGAACGCUGUCGCUGUUGUAAAAGGUAGUCAGGUUCCCAAUGAAGUCAAGCUUUAAAAAUGCUAUCAUGAUAAUACAUGGAAAUUAUAGAGCAAAAAAUUAGUUUAGCAUUAUGGGGUUUUUAAGACUGAUUAUUUGAGGCUGCCCCAUGGCUGGAAACGGGGCUGCCGGAGCCUAUCCCAGCCACUUGUGGGUGAAGAUAGGGGGCACCCUGGACAGGCCGCCAGUCUGUCGCUGGUUAUAUUACGUUAUGUCUUUAAAUUUACAGCUGUCAUAGAGUUCUUAUAUAAAACAAACGUGGCCAAGAGCUGUAUCAAUAGAUGUUUUCAAAUUACUAAGCCACUGUAAACAGUAGGACUGAGAAGCAGGAAAUCUAGGUGUUGGUAAAGAGUGGCUUUAUACAUUCUAUCUCAUUUAUGUUUUUUUUCUUGUAUGAUAUUGUUGUAAAUUACUCAGUUGCGCAUCUGUCGACAUAUUCAAUCGUAAUCUGUAGAAUCACAGGUUUUCUUUGUACUUGAAUAAAUAAACAAAAAGACAAAAAUGUGA